AAUGGCAGCAUGUUGUAACAAACACUUUCAUGGAAAGGAAAAGAAAAUGAAAUGUGUACUAUGCAAAUACAUAUUCCAUGUCAAAUGUAUUGAAGGAAAAUAUUGCACUCAAUGCAAAGAAAUAAACAAUAAAGAAAUUAUUAUACAACUGAAUAGAUGCAAAUUCAAAAAAACUCAGCAGAAUGAAUUGAAUGAAAGUAGUGCUAUGCAAAUGAUAAUGCCACCAUCACAAAAUGCACCUCAAGAGGAAGACAUUAAUGACAAAUUUACUUCUCCAAAACCAUCUGAUAUUAAUUUUUCCUUUCAUUUUGGAGUUUAUCAAGAGCACAGGAAAGCAGAUGAAAUGGUUAAUGAGGAAGAACAUAUUCCAGAUUUUUCUAGUGAAUUUGCAGUGUCAACAGAAAUUCCAGAAACAGUACCUGACUUUUGCAAUGAAGUGGAAAUUUCAACUGAAAAUGAUCAAGCAAGUGCUAAAGGGAAAAAUGUGUUGAUACAUAAUGGAUAUUGGUAUACAUUAAAGUGUAAUUGUGGUGAAACAACAUACUGGACUUGUGGUGUAAGAACAAAGAAGCAAAAGUGCAAAGCUGCAAUUACUGAAUUGAAUUACUCCUAUAGAUUAUCUAAAGCUGAGCACUUUCACAGUCCUGUUAAAGACAUUGAAAAUAAACUUCUUUUGAAAAAGAAUGUCAGGGAGAAAGGCAAAGUUAAUGUUCAUCAAAAUGGGAGAAGCAUUGCAGAGGAAACUCUAAUUGAAUUAAACAAAAAUGAAUCUUUACCAUCAAUAAAAUCUUGCAUUGAAGUUGUUAACUAUCACGAAAGAAAAAAUAGACCAGAGGAGCCUACUGGUUUAAGAUUUAUUAUAAAGCAAAUGUUCUUAUCACAAAACUUCUUGAAAGUGGAUAUUUUGGAAUAG